UGAAACCAAGAAGCACAACUGCGUUCAAGAGGGAUCACUCUCACCAGCUAACUGUAGCUAUCCGGCUAAUCUCCUGGACAACGCAGUCGUGGUUAUUUUACUGUCCGAUAGAGUAUUGGCGCAUUUUUCGGCGUAUUUUUACAAUUCAUAAUCCAGUGAUUUUGCAAAACGUUCCCAAUAGACGCAAGUCGGGCUCCAAUGGAUACAUUUUAAAUAGCUUUUUCACUCUGUUGCUUCUCUCCCAGGAUGCUAGCACACCACCGAGCAAGCUAACCUGCUAAAGCAGCCAAACAGCAACGCUGUACGGAUGCUUUGAAGAGCGACGCAGCGGAUUUGUUUUUUUUUUUUUUUUUUUCAAGUCGGUCUCUUGCGUGAUGUCAGGCAGCCGGCCGCAGCAAAGCGGCGGUGGGGCGAGUUCGGUGCCUAGCCCCAGCACCAGCAGCAGCAGCACAGGAGGAGGCAGUGGAAGCACCGCCGUCACUAGCAAUGGGAACUCUUCGGGAAAUGUUGUGCCCUCCUCCCGAACUCUGCCAGCAGCCGGCGAGGGAGGCAUGUCUGGGUCACCCGUGGCCGCGGUGCCGUCGUCCCGGGCCGGGUAUGCUUCCAUGGGCAGACCGACACCGUCCACAGGCAGCAGGAAGAGGUCCCUCCAUCAAGCACCUUUAUACAAUGGCCUCUUGAAUUCAUACGAAGAUAAAAGCAACGACUUUGUCUGUCCAAUUUGCUUCGAAAUGAUAGAGGAAGCACACAUGACAAAGUGUGGCCACAGUUUUUGUUUCAAGUGUAUUCGCGAGAGCUUGAAGGACAGCAACAGAUGUCCCAAGUGUAACUAUACUGUUGAUAGUGUGGAACAGCUGUACCCAAACUUUCUUGUAAAUGAGCUGAUCCUGAAACAGAAACAGAGGUCGGAGGAGAAGAGACUGAAAUUAGAUCCUCCUAACUGGUCUCGGUGGCAGGUCUUCCAGGAUAUUUUGAAUCCUGAUCAGGAGAACUUGGAUCUUGCAAACGUCAAUCUGAUGUUGGAGCUUCUGGUUCAGAAGAAGAAGCAGCUGGAGGCGGAAUCCCAGGCAGCUCAGAGACAGAUCCUCAUGGAGUUUCUGAAAGAAGCCAGGAGAAACAAGAGAGAGCAACUAGACCAACUACAGAAAGAGCUUAACUUCCUUGAAGAAGACAUUAAACGUGUUGAGGAAAUGAGUGGGCUUUAUUCUCCAAUAAUCGAGGCAGAGUGUACAGUGCCUAAUGUUGAGACCCCCUCUCCAGCACCCAGUAACAUCAUUGAUCCACCAGAUUACAAUCCGCCUCCAGGAUUUGGUGCAACAACUCCGGGAAAGCGACAGACCUGGUACAACAGCACUCUAGCAUCAAGAAGAAAGAGACUGACGGCUCAUUUUGAGGAUCUAGAGCAGUGCUACUUCUCUAACAAGAUGUCACGCAUCACAGAUGAAGGCAGGAACCUGAACCAGCUGGAUGAUUUUAUGGAGUGUUUGUCUAAAUUCACUCGCUACAACACUGUGCGGCCACUGGCCACCCUCUCCUACGCCAGUGAUCUGUAUAACGGCUCCAGUAUUGUCUCUAGUAUUGAGUUUGACCGGGAUUGUGACUACUUUGCCAUCGCUGGUGUGACCAAGAAGAUCAAGGUUUUUGAGUAUGGAACUGUCAUCCAGGAUGCGGUGGACAUCCACUACCCGGUCAAUGAAAUGACCUGCAAUUCCAAAAUCAGCUGUAUCAGCUGGAGCAGUUAUCACAAGAACCUCUUGGCCAGCAGUGAUUAUGAAGGUACCGUCAUUUUGUGGGAUGGCUUCACCGGGCAGAGGUCCAAAGUCUACCAGGAACAUGAAAAAAGAUGUUGGAGUGUCGACUUUAAUCUGAUGGACCCCAAGCUCUUAGCUUCUGGUUCUGAUGAUGCUAAAGUGAAGCUGUGGUCAACCAAUCUGGACAACUCAGUGGCUAGUAUCGAGGCUAAAGCUAAUGUUUGUUGUGUUAAAUUCAGCCCGACCUCAAGAUAUCACUUGGCCUUCGGCUGUGCGGACCACUGUGUCCACUACUAUGAUCUACGCAACACUAAGCAGCCAAUCAUGGUGUUCAAAGGCCACAGGAAGGCCGUGUCCUACGCCAAGUUUGUAAACGGAGAGGAAAUUGUUUCUGCGUCGACAGACAGCCAGCUGAAGUUGUGGAACGUCAACAAACCUCACUGCCUGCGCUCCUUCAAAGGUCACAUUAAUGAGAAGAACUUUGUUGGGCUGGCAUCCAAUGGCGACUAUGUUGCCUGUGGCAGUGAGAACAACUCCUUGUAUCUGUACUACAAAGGACUUUCCAAGACAUUGCUAACGUUCAAGUUUGACACAGUAAAGAGUGUCCUGGACAAGGACAAGAAAGAGGAUGACACCAAUGAAUUUGUCAGUGCCGUCUGUUGGAGGGCUCUGCCUGAUGGAGAAUCAAACGUUCUGAUCGCUGCAAACAGUCAGGGAACAAUCAAGGUACUUGAGCUCGUCUGAGGUCCGACCUGCCUGAGCAGAGGUUUGCACCAUCAGCCUGUCAGUGGUUGAAGGAUCAGUCAGACACAGGGAGAUCUCAUGAUGCCUGCUGAGCACUGGGAGAGCUGAAAUAAAUGGAUUUUAUUUUUAUCAAGCUACAUGCAUCCAUUUUUUUUUCCUGGACAGUAGAACAGAUUUUGUGCCGAGGCAUCAGCUUAGCAAGAGAGAAUGUGCUGCAGUUUUACCACAAUGAAAAUAGGACCAAGCUUGGACAUAAAGCCCAAAGGGACUUUGGAGAAAUAUAUAUUUUUUCUGCAGCAGCAUUAUAUUGAUUACAAUAGAACACCUCGUUUAUUGUUUUACUGAUCUUAUACUUUUUUUUUAAUUAAUGGUACAUCCAGCCAAAUGUUACCUGUUUGAUGCAUUUUCUUUUUUAAAGGCCAAAGCACAAACCAACAUGACAUGCAAAAACUGUCUUCACAUGAAGCUGUCAAUUCUUAUCACUGUCAACCUCUUGGAUUUUUUUAAGGAUCUUUGUGUAGCUUUUUUGUUGGGGGAAGAAAUUAGUUUUAAUAAAUAUGACUUGAAUUUCAUUUUGUCAAGUAUACAUCAGCUCUUUCUCCUGAGGACCGAAGUCGUGUCAGAACAAAACAAAACUCCACAUUCGUCCGUUUCAACCGUCUAACUUAUCGCUGCUAAAUCAUAUAAAACUGGAACUUUUGUCAUGUUUGGGCUGUUUGUUGCUUUUUUUUUAAUAAUAACAACCUCAAUCUGUUUUUAGGUCGUUUUAAAGUAGCAUUGGACUUUUCUCUCCACGUACUGUAGGCUGAAAAAAACCGUAUCCUCUGAACUGAGCGACAUUGUACCUUAAGGAGAACUGCUGUCAGUUUUUGUGGAGUGGUGGAUCCAUGAUGACGCAUGGAGAAGAUUUCACAAACUCCACCAAGAUCUGCCUAUUUUAUGAUAACUGAGUGAGAGAGGGUGUUUUUGUAUUUGUAAAAGCAAAUAAAUUAUUUCCAAACAA